AUGACCAGCGAAGAAACUUUAAAUGUACUCUGGCUGAGAGUGGACAACUUAGAGACUAUAUCUGUAACCUUUGUCAUCCUUGGAAUCGCAUGUACUCCGGUAAUUGUCUUUGGAAACUCGUUGGUCAUUUGGUCAAUUUGGAAAGAUCCUCUAAAGAAGCUUCGCAGAUCGCCAUCUGGGUUGAUCGUGUUAUCAAUGGCCACUGCCGAUUUUCUUGUUGGAUCAUUUCUACUUCCUACAGCCACGUUUUGGGGUUGGUCCAUGUUUCAUUUCAAAAAGCCCCGAAUUCCAUACUUGGCGGUCAGUGCAGUCUUCGUCAACGUUAGCGUUGGUCACAUCUUCCUUCUAACACUUGAUAGAUUCUUUGCCAUUGUAACACCGCUCCAGUAUCGAGCUGUUGUCACACCUAAAAGAAUCAGUGUUGCUAUUAUUAGCUGUUGGAUCUAUUUCUUCAUCUUUGGAAUUAUCUUUGGCUUAUUGCAACACCAAUAUUUUAUUAUAAUGCAAACUGCGUACAAUAUUCAAAUUAUCAGCAUUCUCCUUGGCAUAUCUGUAAUGUCUGCUGUGAUGGUAAAACGCUUCCAUUCGUAUUGCCAGAGGUCGGAAUUUACACACCAAUCAACAACUCAACGUCAGAUGAUCCUUCAACGGGAAAGAGGGCUUUGCAAAGCUAUAGCAGUUGUCAUUUGCGCCUAUCUAUUUUGUUUCAUACCUUGGUUUGUGACUCACUUUCUUAUCUAUUUCUGUCUGCCUUGUUUUAACGAUUUAUCUAACUUAUGUUUGAGUUACGUUGUUUCAACAAGUUUAAUGCACGCAAACUCGGGUGUGAAUCCAUUCAUAUACGCAUGGAGGUUUCCAAAAUAUCGGGAGACUUUCAUGCACUUGUUGAAAAGGCGAAAUAAUCAAAGUGGACAAUUCACUGAGCAUCAGUUUUACAACACUAGGCUUUAA